AUGUACGAAAAUGGAUUUGGUAACAUUUAUCAUUCGAAAUGUCAUGGAAUAUCAUGUCGUAAUGUUCCACGAGAUUUGGAGUACAACAAUCGAAAAUCUAUCCAUCAUAAUCAUCAGGGAAAAACAAUAAAAAAGAAGAACGGGCGGCUGGUUUUUUGUCGAGGAAUCGAGAUUGAUGGGAAGCAGAUCAAGAAGCCUAGAGAUCCAUCUUCAACAAGAAAAAAGGUCAAAUCAAAAACGUCAAAUGUUCAAAUGCAAGUUGUUCUCCAUGAAGAAUGUCUUCCAUCAUUUCCAGCAUGGAAAGGACAAGUGGAAAGUCUUGCCGAGAAAUUAAAAGAUGGUGGUUUAGAAACAACUUUAAAAGAAAUUAAAGUACUCUGGAAGGACUGGACUAGAGAAGCUGCAAAGAAUUAUUUAGCAGGUGAAGAAAUCAGUGCCCCACAAAUAGGAAGAUCUCCAUGGAGGAACACAAUGGCGGAAAAUACUGAAAAAAUAAGCAAUCAGCUCCGAUUAAAUAACAAAAUAAUCACAAUGUUCUUCAAAAAAUACCGAGAAAGAUGUCUAAUUGAUUGCUCGUUUCUUCUAAGUGAAAAUGGAAGAACUGUACCAGAACUUGAAAAACAAUUGAAAGAUUUUGUGACACAUACCAAGAAAAUUGUAUCUUUUGAAUGGCCAAUGGCUGUGGCAAACUUGAUGUUAGAUGAAGGGGCGUCGUGGAUUCCAUUAUUUGUAACUUCCACGUCACAUACCGUAUUCAAUGCUGUCGCUGCUACAAUGGCAAGACUUUUGUAUGACGUUGUGAUGGAGAACAUCAAUAGAGUUAAAACCUUCUUCGAUUUGGAUGAUAGAGCGAAAUUGAUUAUUAUAUUAAAAGAGGAUGAAAAGGAAUUCGAUUAUUGGCAGAAAGUGAAUAUUCUACUUGGUUUAUGUAAAAUACCUCGAGUUGACCAUAAAAUCUAUCCUCGAAUGUUUACUGAAGCAUGGAUUGACGUAACAAAUUGGUUUGACUCUCAAAGUAUCGUGUUCAAACCACUUCCUCAACCUUUCGAAAUGCUCAACUCACGAAUUUCACAAGUGGAGCAAAUGCUCAUUUCCUUUGAGAAGGAUCCAGAUGAUGUCGUAUUUUGGGAGAAAAUAGCCAAAGAAAUAUUGGAAAUUCGAGAACAAGUUUUAAGGCAAAGUACUCGAAUCUUGAAAGGAUUUAUUAUUUAUGAUAGUCGUGAUAUCAAAAAGAGAUCUCUUUCGAAGAUAACCGAAUUGGAAGAAAAAGCAAAAUCGCUGAUUUUGAUUCGAUUAAUUGGAAAAAAUACAGGAAUUCGGGAAGUUUUUACUCAAUGUUCUGCUAAACUGUUUCGAAAUGAUGUUUUGGUGCAAUUGCGGAACAUUGAGGAAGUUCAAAACGAGCUUCCGAGUAUAAAAGACCGAAUAAAAAUUGUUGGACAAACUUAUAAAGUUUACAUGGAAUACUUCACGAUGCCGGAUUACGAUAUUCGUCAGUUUUAUGAAAUUUCAAGAUUGGGAUUCAAACUUGAACAACUUGUAAAUUUUGUAUGGGAUCGAAUUAAUCAUGAAAGACAAUGGAUCACGAAACAAGUCUCUGAACAGACAUCGAAAAAUUAUUAUGAAUGUGAAAUGAUUGAAAAGGAAUGGUUGGAUUGUUUGAAAAAGUAUCGAAGUGCAGUGAGAAUUAAUGAAGUUCAAAAAGUUCAAAUUAAAAUGGGAAAUUUGGAGGAAAGAAGUGCGAUUUUGAAAGCGAAAGAUGAGAAAUUAAUUGGACAACGAUCACUUUUGGGAUUACUGUCUUCUCCAAUUGAUUGUGUCAGAAUUGCCAAAGUUUGCGAAUUUUUCUCAAAAUUAUCUACACUUCAUUUCAAAACUCUUCUUCAUCACGAAUCAUGUUUAAGAAUGAGAAUUUCUGAUGUAGAUCAUAAUUCGUUGGUGAUUGAAACCGAGCGACUUCAAAGUGAGAAAAACGAUCUCAAAGAAAAAGCAGCUGUGAUUAAAGAACACGAAACAACGUCAAAAGAAGCGCUACUAAAAAUUGAGAUAGUGCUUGCUGAAUUUGAAAAGCUUCUACCAGUGCUUGGGGCAAUAUCCUGUCAAGCCAUGAAAGAUAGACAUUGGAAAAUGAUUCUGCAAGAUUCUGAAACCAGUGUGAAAGUUGAAGGGAAUCCGCUUGUCAGUGAACUCUUAGAGAUGAAUUUCAUUGAGAAAGCUGACAAGUUUGAGCAGGUUGGCGCUCAAGCAGAGAAAGAGCGAGUUUUGGAAACAUCUAUCGAAAAAAUGAAAAGUCAAUGGGUUACCGCAACGUUUGUCACUCACCAAGGAGGAGAACUCCUGACCACUGAAUUAAAUGUACAAAUGCAGGCUCAUUUGGCAAGAAGCCAGACUAUUUUAUCAUCCCCUCAUGCAUUCUCAAUUCUCGAUCAUAUUAGACAUUGGUUGGAUACUCUUUUAAAUUUGAAUACUUUUGUUCAUUUAUACAAACAAUGCGAUACAAGAUGGAGAAAAAUUGAAGGAGUUUUUUCAACUGAAGAUAUUGCAUAUCAAAUGCCACAUGAAUUUCGGACGUUUAAAAAGAUUUCUUUGCGAUGGUUGCAUAUUAACAAUCAAAUAACUGAAGAACGGCCAAUUCUGGAACAAAUGGAUUUAGUUCAACAAUUGAAUCUAGAACUUUCUGAAUUAGAAGUCUUAUUCGGGAGAAUGGAAAAUGGGUUCCAUGCAUAUCUUCGAAAGAAGAGAGCUGUAUUUCCCCGUCUUUUUGCACUUUCAGACGAGCUUGUUCUAUCACUUAUCUGUGACAGUCGGGAACCUGCAAAUUGUAAAUCAUAUAUACCAUUACUGUUUCCAUCACUUACUACAUUUGAUCAAAAUACCAAAAUGGAAAUAAUAUCAGUUUCUACGAAACUCGAAACUAUUUCUCUUGUGAAACCUGUCAAUGUGAACCUAUCCAAGCGGCACGUGGAGAAGUGGAUGCAUGAACUGGAUUCUCAAAUAAAAUAUACACUGAGAACACGAAUUCGAUUACUAAUAGAGAAAAUGAACUACAAAUUGAGUCCUGUGGAGACAAUAUUGAAUGAACCAAUACAAGUUGCAGCGGUUUAUCUGAAAAUUGCAUUUACAUGGCAGAUGGAGAAUAGCAUGAAACAAAAUUCAUUGACGAUAUUGGCAAGUGAGUUGAAAAUUUGUAUCAGGGACUGUCAACAUGCCGUUUUGCAUAAACAUGAUCGAUGGGAAUUUCUGCCUGUUUUGUACCACAUUUAUAAAUCAUCGACACACCUUGUGAAUAAAUUAAUGAAUGAGCAAGUUAUAUUCAUAGAUGACUAUCGAUGGACAUCACAACUCCGCUACUAUUGGCAUUUGGAAAAUGUCUUCAUCCGUGUUGGAACAGUCUCUACUCGAUAUGAUUAUGAAGUCCAGGGAGUUGAUUGUAUGAUCGAUAACCAGUUGGUUGAUGAAGCAGUCAAAUAUUUUAUAUGUAUGAAUCAUUUUGGAUUCAAUGGAUUUGUGAAUGGAAUGGAUGUGAAUCUCGCAAGACAAAUCGCUGGAGCACUUGGAAAACCAUUUGCAAUUUGUGAUACUGAACAAGAAAUAGACUGUAAAAUGCUCAUUGAAGGAGCUCUUCUGUUUGGUGGAACAGUUUUUAUUGAAGAGAAAAACUUGGAAGAAUUAUGGAAAAGCACAGAAAAAGAUGUGUAUACAUGUCACAGUUUAUCCAAUUUGAAAUAUCAUUUCGAAUCUGAAAUAACAUUGAAUUCAUCAUUCAUGUUUUUACUAUCAUCAUCAUUCCAAACUGCGAGAAGUUUACAAUUUGGCAAUUCUUCAUAUAACAAAGUUAUCGAUGAGAAACUCUCAUUGAAUAGCAUUGCACAUCGAGAGAAAAAAGUUCAAAAGUUCCAAAUAAUCUCAGAUUUUGAAAAUUAUUUCGGGAGCCGGGGUCUUUGGAAAAACUAUCUUGAAGCGAUGAUCUGUCGAAUUUUGGAAAAUGAAAACGCGGAACAAGAGUUGGUAAUUGAGAACUCGAUAUUCAAACAUUUGAACGUUUCGAUGAAUAGAAAGAACAAAAACUUAUUGGAAAAGCUUCUUCAACUUGGACCUCUAAAGAUUAAAAAGUCUCCAACUCCAUCGAAAACUCCGAAAAGUUCAGAAGCACCGCGAAAGGAAAUUGAUAAUGAUCCAACUUACAUAAAAGUAAAAACUGAAGACCUCAUAAACUUGCUUCAUAAUCAUCAAGUUGUCGUUGUCUCUGGUGCAAGUUUAACAGGAAAGUCCAGGAUAAUUUCCAAAGCUGCAAAAUUAAAAUCAGCGGAUGUGGAAAACGAAUAUGGAUUAUGGGAAGAAAUUCAAGGAUUUGGAGAGUCUUUAAAAAAUAUGCGACGACCAAAUAAAUGGAUAGUGAUUGAUGGAUGUAUGAGUCGAAAAACAAAGGAAUGGUUGCACAGAUUGAUUAAUGAAAACACGAUGUUUCCAUGGAGAGAAUUACCUAUAAUCGCACUAUCUGAACGAGUUAUCAUCGAAACGGAUUCUUUGGAAUCUGAUAUUAAAUCGCUUCCAAUGAUACUUCUAGACACUUCUGAAGAGGUUUCCAGGGAAACAACCCUGGAAAUCACAGAACAACAGAGAAUCGAUGAAGUUUUAAAAUACUAUUCAGAGUUCAAAUAUAGAAAAUACGAACUUAUUCGGAAGAUUUCUGGAUUAAAAAAGUUAAUCACGACAAAUAGUGAAAAAGUUUUCGAACAUUUACUAAUCACCUCACUUCUUAGUUUUGCCUCUUUGAGACAACUUGGCAGUUUCUUCUUCAAAUCGGAAUCAAAACUUUUGGAUUUCUACAAAGAUGUACCCUACUCUGCUGGCUGGUACACCUACAAUGAGUCUAUGGAAAUACCUCCAUCUUUGUUUUAUAUGAUUCAUUUAAUUGGUUUACUUCUUAAUUCUGACUUUAUUCCUCUUCUCGUUUGUCCUCCAAGCCAAGAAUUUUACGAAUUUCUGUUACGGCUUCAAAUUGAACUUGAUACGUUAGGAUGGCACACGAUUACUCUUGCAAUUGAUGAAAAAGUUACGAUUCAGGAAAUAAAGCAGUUUGUGGAAAUUUGUUCAAUAAUGUUCGGUGGCCAUCAACAUCAUGACAAAGACAUUGAAGAUGCUCAGGAAGGCUUCAAUUUUUUCUUGAUUCGAGGAAUUGAAAAUGCAUCUGUAGAAGUUAUUGAUUGGUUGAGACACAAGUUUGAAAGAAAACAAAUUAUGAAAAUGUUAUUUGUGACACCGUAUGCAGUUGAAAGUUUUCAUCCUAGAAUUCGCCGUUUUUUAUUUCAAAUCAACUGGUUAGAUGUACAUGGAACUGACUCCCAACUUACCCUAUUCCCACUUGCAAAUUACAAUUAUGUUUUGAGAAAUCUCACGACAGAUAUAAAAGUGGCAGAUGUGAGUGAUUCAAUUCAAAACCAAUUGAUCGAUGCAAUGUUGGAUGCAAGAAUUCUCAGUUUAUAUGAAAAAGUGAACAAUUUGAGAACAUCUGAAGAAUAUGGUCUUAUUAGAGGAAAAAUGUUUGUUGAAGCUGCAGAACUAUGUUUUAUUUAUAAAAGCGCAAUUCAAGAACUGUCUGCCAGAAAUAAAAGAAUAAGAUGCGAUCCAGUAAUACUGUCUCCGGCAGACGCCAGAAAUGUAAAUGUCCUCGAGAAAGUUAUCCAAACUAGUUACGGUCAUACACUAAUUGUUGGAAACGAUACUUCCAAAUCCUUGGAUGCUAUUACAGUAAUCUCGGAGCUUUGCAAACAUUUAUUGUUCACAAAUCAAGGAAUCAAAACAAUUGAAGAAUGGAGAGAAUUGAUGAGUAAUGUCUUGAGAGAUUGUUUAAUCGAUGGAAAAGACACUGUACUUGGAGUACAUAUAACUCCAGAUGAUGAGAUAUUUGAAACUAUUCUGCUUGAUUUAACAUGUAUUUGUUGUUUCAAACUUAUACCUCCAAGAUAUCUUACGAGGUUGAUGUUAUCUGAAUUUGGAGAGAAGCAUACAUUGGAAGGAAAAGGUAUUUGGGAAAUGAUUGAAACAAAACUUUCAGCUCUCAAAAUCUCAAUAGUUUUGAAAUCUUCUGACUUUUCAUGGCUCAUUAACUGUCAUAGAAUGUUACUAUCAAUGCUCAUAUUGAUAUGGUGGAGAGAUCCAUCAAAACGAGAACAAGAACAAGAAGUACUAGAUGAACUUCACAACUCUGAGUUAUUUUCAAAGCAACAGAUUGAUCAAAUCAUGAAAGUUCUUGAUGAUCUAAGUGAUUUCAAAAUGAUAAAUACGAGAGCAGAAAAACUAAAAAUGGUAUCAACUAUAACGAAAUUAGCGAAGAAAAAAAGAGAAGAAGUACGGAAGACAAUGACAAAAUAUGAAAAAGGUAUGGAGAAAAUGAAAAGAGCCGAGGAGCAAGUGGCUGGAAUGCAAGGGGAACUUUUGAGACUACAGCCGCAACUGGUGAGAACUUCAAUUGAAACUAGUAUGCUCAUGAGUACAAUUGAAAAAGAAACAAUAGAUGUUGAGAAUGCACGAGAAGUUGUGGCAGCUAAUGAGAACAAAGCAAAUGAGGCCGCGACGAAAGCACAGUCACUAAAAGCAGAGUCAGAAGCCGAGUUAGCUUCAGCAAUUCCAGCACUGGAAUCAGCAGUUGAAGCACUCGAAACAAUGACUCAAAGUGAUGUGUCCUCUCUGAAAACAAUGAGAUUUCCGCCGUAUGCUGUACGUCUUUGUAUGGAAGCUGUUUGCAUUCUUCUUGGAGUAAAACCCGCAAAAAUUACCAAUGAAAUAGGAGAAGUUGUGAAUGAUUAUUGGGUUUCUGGACAGAAAUUGCUAUCCGACAUUCAUUUUCUUGCCAAAAUUCGAAGUUUUGCAAGAGACACAGUCAGUAAGAAGACUGUAAAGUUAAUAAGAGAAAAGUAUUUAUCGAAGGAAGAGUUUGAUCCAGAGAAUGUGAAACAGUGUUCACUUGCAGCGGAAGGCUUAUGUAGAUGGGUUUUGGCAAUUGAUAUGUACAAUCAAAUAAGUAAGAUUGUGGAGCCAAAAAGAGAACGAUUGAGGAAAGCUGAAGUAUUGGUAAAACAGCAUUUAAAACAAUUGGAGGUCAAGAGAAAGGCACUGUUGAAAGUGACGGAAAAACUUCAAGGAUUAUCCGACCAGUUCAGUCAAAUGUGUCAGAAGAAACAAGAACUGGAAUCUCAGAUAUCAAGUUGUGAAGUUCGAAUGGAAAGAGCUGAAAGGCUUGUUCAAGCUUUGAGUGGAGAGAAGGAUAAAUGGAAGAAUAAGAUAACAUAUAUCACUCAUGAAGAUUCUCUCAGUGUUCCUUAUUCUGUUGGAUCCUCCUUGGCAUUACAUGUCUUUGGAAAACUUCCAAUUGAUCAGAGAGAGAAAGAACUCCGCAAAACGAUGAGAUCAUUAUUCCCAAGACUGGAAGUGACUAUUCCAUGUGAUCUAAAGACUCUGGUUAUGCUUGUGGAAGAUCCGAUUUGCUUUGUGAAUGAUGAUAAUCGAGCAUUUGAAAUUUUACAAUCGAAAUUCGAGAAAAUCGUUGUAACAAACAAGUGGACAGAAGUUGAGAGGCAACAAUGUCUAACAUUGAAUUCAUCGAUUUUGUUUGAAAACUGCAUGGAAAAUACUCGAAUGGUAAAAGAAAUUGAAGAAGCUGAAUAUUAUAGUCAGAUGGAAGAUGAAAUUGUAUUUAAAAUUGGGAACGCCCACCAUGAAGUGAAUAAGAAUUUCCGAGUGUUCUUCCGAACUAGGGCAUCAGAAACAACUUUGCAUAAUUCAAUAGUAAUAGAUAAUCGGUAUAGUGAUGAAGAGCUCAGACAUGAGAUUUGUGAAACAAUGGGUUCAUCUAAUUGGUUUGAAACUUUGAAUCAUUUUAAUGAAAUGGUUGAAUCUCGAAAUAAUGAUAUAUCAAUGAUGGAAAACACCGAAAAUGAAAUGUUGGACUUAUUGGGAAGAUCCAAAGAUUUGGAUGAUGAGAGAGCAAUUGAUUUAUUAGCAGAAGCCAGAAAUCUACAAGCUUCCAUUACAGCAAGAAAUAAAGAAAUUGCAGAAAUCGAAACUUCUUUACGAGCAAUUGAAGGAAGAAUGUCAGAGUCAAUAGAUUAUUCGAUGAAGAUUAUUAAAAUGUGUUACUCACUUUAUCUUUUUGACCCAUUCUAUAGAAUUUCUUUGAAAUCUCUGGUCAAUGUUUUGAACACGAAACUUUUCGAUCACAUCAAUGACAUUAAAUUUAGUGAGAUUGGUCACAAAAUAUCAGAAUUAUAUUGGAAUUUUUUACGCAAUAUGUUGGCCUGGGACGAUAAAAUGAUAAUUCAUCAUUUGUUAUUUCAUGGAAUGAACUACAAAGUGGAUAAAAUUGAAAUGGAAAUAAAAGAUAGAAUCAGUAUGGAUAGCUUCAUGAAUUUUUCAUCAUUUAUUCUAAAAUCUGAGCCAAAACAACCGAUACUUUUAAAAUAUGAUGCAGAAGUCUACACAACAAUUCUUCAGUUUGGACAAGUGACUAGAAAUGCCAAUUGGAGGGUUUAUUCAAUUCUUGAUCAUGUUUUCUUAAAGUUGGAAAAGCUUGUCGAUGAACCAAUUUGGCUUCUGUUGAAUGUGAAUAGAAGCGAUCAAGAAACAGUUUGCAAACUGAAAAUCAUUUUUGAAAAGUUGAAGAAUUUGCCGAUUGUUCAUUCUUCAUUUAGAAUUAUUGUUGCAUAUUCCGACGAGAUUUCAGCUUCUGAUGAGCUUAUCGAAAUCUCAUCCCACCGCUUUUAUUUUUCCCGUUCGACUUCAUUGGCACAGCAGAUUCGUAGAAUUCUUGCAAAUUUAUCAUUGAGAAGUUCUUUGGACAAAUCAGAAGAAAGUCAAAGAAUUCAAAUAAUACGAUUGAUUUCAUUUCAUCGAGGGUUAAAGUUACGACGGCUUUAUGAUCCAGAAUUCAAUGUAGUAGUUGAUGAUGCGGAUCUAUUGGCAAUGAUGAAGCUGUAUCAAGAAUUGAGAAAUUUGAGUGAUCAGCCGAAUGAAUUUCAAGAUUUAAUGAAAGUUAAAGUAAACGUUAUUGAACCAAUAUACUUCCCAAAAACAAGAUGCCAGGUUCAAAAGAAUAUAAUCAGCGCGAUGAUUCAAUGGAUUGUUGAAGCUAAUUUAUCAAUUCCAGCAGAUACUCUUUUGAAAACUAUCAUUAAAGAAGAUAAUCAUAACUUUGAAGAUUUCGCGCAUUUCAUGCAAUCUCAUGAAGAAAGUAUCCUUUGUGGAUUCAAUGCUCGAAACUCUAGAGAAUGUCGUGAACUGAUGUACAAGAAAGUAACACAAAAAAUAAAAAUACUUUUUGAGCCGAAUAUUGGAGCAACUCAGCAAAUCGCUAAGAAGAUUGAAUCAAGAAGUUGGCUAUUAGAUGUGGAAAAUGGCGAACGAGAAGUUGAUGGAAGAAAAAUAAACAAUCUCACCGAAAUUGUUUCUUUUUUGAAAAUGCAAUUUUGUUUGAAAUAUAAGAUUGGAAUUUCAGAAGUGAUGGUGACCGGCGAAUUUGUGAAUGAACACUAUGAUCUUCCCAAACUAGGAUCAGAUUCCGACGUUCCUUUGCUGAAAAUGUCGCAUUGCGUUCUGAUUUCAGCUCAUUUUGUGAAUGGAGAAAUUCGAGAACCUCAAAAUCGUCAAGCCCAAUAUACAACUGUACUUCUGAAGACCACAAAAAGAACCGGAGCAGGGAACCCAAGAAGCUUGCCAGUUAUUUGUCCAUUUUCACAGAACGCAGUGACUCAAAUACCAUUUCAUUCACAAUUUCCAAUAGCUCAUUGGCAUCUUCGUGGCGCAUUUGUAACAACUUCCAGACAGAUUUGA